AUGACACAACUAGACGUCCUCGAUUUGCCCCAACUCCACACAAAACCAUCCGCACAGUCGCUACUCGAUACGCUCGCACUCCUCACGUCUGCUCCCCCCUCAUGGGAAUUUGAUAACAACGGAGACCAAGACAAACAUACUGACUCUGCGCGAGCCCAGUCAAAUGUCGUUCUAGUCAACCCAGAAGGCGUCACUCGAUACCUCACAAGCAUCGUGAGCAACAGUCUACGAUGGAUAGAAGACGACGAAGCGAAAGAAGAGAUAUGGAACCAGGCUAGCACAAGGCUUAGUGAGCGGUCUGGUCGUUCUGCCAUGGGCAGUCUCUCGCGCAAAUUUCGAAUACCUUCUUCCACGAGCUCGUUUGAGCUUAGUAUCCACGAACCUGCCCUUACCGGAGACGAUAUUGGCUUGAAGACUUGGGCAGCCUCAUACAUGCUCGCCAAACGGCUUCAUACAUUCGGCAUAGUGCAGCCAGGCACAUCUCGGAGACCACAAGUUCUCGAACUUGGGUCGGGCACAGGACUGGUGGGGCUUGCGAUGGCAGCCUUGGGAGCAGAUGUUGUUCUCACCGAUUUGCCCAGCAUUCAUGCAAACCUCUCACGCAAUGCCGAAGACAAUGCAGGGACAGUAAGGCACAAUGGAGGUGUCACCCGUACGGGAGUCCUCGAUUGGGCCAACCCUACAAUCUGCAAGUUGGCUGGAGAUGCUGCGAGCAGCGACCAGGGCGAGACUAUCACCACCAAGUUUCCUCUCAUACUCGCUGCCGACGCGUUGUAUUCUCCGGACCAUCCCCGUAUGCUCGUCGAAUCGAUCGAUGCCUGGCUCUCGUCCGACAGCAACGCAAGAGUCAUCAUUGAGUUUCCGUAUCGGCAGGCAUAUUUGCCUGAGAUCAAGGACUUUCGCCAGCGAAUGGAGGGGAUAGGGCUACACGUCCUGGAUGAAGGCGAAGAGAAGGGAUACGACGACUGGAGUGGAUCUGAUGCGAACGGACAUCAGGACGAGACUGCGCUUGUGACUUGUUGGUGGUCAUGCUGGGGAAGAUAA